ACGUCGUUCGGUGCUCUUCUUCUUGGUUGCGGACGCCUGUGAUUUAGAGAACCCAAGGAAGGUGUGGGAGCUACCCGCUAGGAUCCAUAUAGUUCAUAGUUCAAAUCCGCCUCAGCUAUCACCACCGAUCCUUCACUUCUUCUGCGACUCUCGGCCAACAUGGGAUCCAUCAAGAACGUGCUGCAGCUGACUCCCGAGGAGGACGAGGAGGCGUUCCUGUACGCGCUAAAUCUGGCGGGCGGCAGCGUCCUCCCCAUGACCCUCAUGGUGGCCGUCGAGCUCAAGCUUCUCGAGGCCAUCGUCAGCGCCGGUCCCGGAGCCGUGCUGAGCGCCGCCGAAAUCGCCGUCCAGCUGCCCACCGAGAACCCGCAGACGGCCGCCAUGGUGGACCGCAUCCUCCGCCUGCUCGCCGCCUUCCGUGUGGUCAGCUGUACCGUCGAGGCCGGCGACGGUGGCCGAUCCUUGCGAAAGUACGGCGCCGCGCCUGUCUGCAAGUACUUGACCAAGAACGAGGACGGCGUGUCCAUCACCCCUCUGGGCUUGAUGGUCCAGGACAAGGUCUUCAUGGAUUGCUGGUGCUACAUGAAGGACGCGGUGUUGGACGGUGUUAUUCCCUUCAACAAGGCCUACGGGAUGACGGCGUUCGAGUACAUGGGCACUGACGCUCGGUUCAACAGGGUGUUCAACGAGGCCAUGAGGAGCCACUCCACCAUCCUCGUCAGGAAGCUGCUCCAAAUCUACCGCGGCUUCAACGACGUCAAGGUGCUCGUCGACGUCGGCGGCGGCACCGGUGGCACCCUCGGAUUGAUCAUCUCCGAGUACCCUCACAUCAAGGGCGUCAACUUCGACCUGCCUCAUGUCAUUUCCGACGCACGACCCUGCCCAGGCAUAGAGAAUGUCAGCGGGAACAUGUUCGAGAGCGUACCAACCGGGGACGCCAUUUUUAUCAAGUGGAUUCUUCAUGAUUGGACUGACGAGCACUGCUUAAAGAUACUGAAGAACUGCUGGGAAGCUUUGCCGCAGAAUGGAAAAGUGAUUGUGGUGGAAAGUAUUGUGCCAGUAUUGCCAAAGCCGACGCCGGAAGCCCAAAAUGUCUGUCUUGUAGAUAUUGUGAUGUUGACUGCCAAUCCUGGAGGCCGAGAGAGGACCGAAGAGGAGUUCCAAGAGUUGGCGAGGGAGGCUGGCUUCUCAAGAUUCAAUUUCACAUAUGUGUUUGCUGGUUCUUGGAUCAUAGAAUUCACCAAGUAGGUUAUAUAGAUCUAAUUAACUUUCGGUUGAUCCAUUUCUACUUGUACGUAGUAUUAUCUUGAGUUCCUUGAUGACAGACAGCUACAUCAAUUGUCUCCAAAAUAAAUUUUCACAAGAGCUGGAUGGUUCCUACCCAUUGGCAGGAUGACAAUCCAAAAGCUUGUGUUUGUGUCAUUGCUAGACUCUUUUUAGAAUGUAAUAUUAGGCCUAGUGCCCAAUUAAUCAGAGCA